AUGCCGCUGGCUCGGCCCGCCGAGAUCGCUCAACGCACCCGCGUGCCAGCCCCGGCGACGGAGGACACACGGCGUGCACCCAGCCAGUCAGUCUCCACGCCGCAGGCCGGUGGGACGACGAGGCACCCGCCCCCGCGAGGGGAAACCGGCAUGCCUCCCCUACCGACUGGACCCCCGUCUCGCCUCAGACACACCAUCGUAGCGGUGACCCGAAGGGGUCGCUGGAAGCGGGAAACGACACCACCGCUCGGCCUCAGGCACCUGACGGACGACCUGGAGCGCUCCAGGGGCACCACCAAGGACCGGGCGACACACACCCACACACCCGGGGGAGCGUGUGCGCACCGGGUAGAGGACCCGCGCCACCUCCCUCGCCGCCCUCGGGUGCUGGAGACCGGAGGCGGCACCGCGGAUCGGGACACCUGGGACGCACAGGAGCCGGCGCGCAGGCCCAGCCCAGGCGGGCGGGCUCAAGUGGCAGGGGCAGAACCGGGCCUCCACCCCACGGUCACAGCCCGGAGCCCCGCCACGCGCGUCCAGAGGCCCAACGACUCCCAGGCGACAAACGUCCGGAGACAGCGUGUCAGCACCUAUCUGGCAGCGAAAAACGACCAUUUCGGGCGAAAGAAUGGCCGCACCAGGCGACGGGGCCCACCCACGGAUCACGGCGGCACCCCUUGGAUCACGGGCCCGGUCACCAGGCCCCCGGCACCACCCCAUCGCCACCAGCCCCGGAGCCCCCGCGACCAUCUGGUCGACCCCGGAAGUGCGGCGGCAGAGGGGGCGCGGGGGCACGCGGGACCCGCGCCCGGCCGGGUGCACCCUCGCCGUCUCGCCCUCGAGGGCAGGCGGCCGGUCCAUCCUCCUCUCCGGGGCAGGACUUGGGGAAAAAAAAAGAUUCCUCAGAGGCGCCCCAGGCGACCGGGCCCCACCCGGGCAGGCCGGCGUCCGUCCACGUGCCCCCCUACCCCACCCGGGGCUCCACCUGCCUCUCGAGCCGGUCCCCACCUCCGGACCCAGAGGCUUUCGGAAAACUUGGCGAUAGAAAUCCAGCGCGACGACCCGGACCCACGCGGUCACGUGUCCGGGACGGGGACGCCCUCUCCCCGGCCCACCCUCGAGGGCGGGGGCCGGUCCGCGCUCUCCUCCGGAGCGGGACUUGAAAAACAUCCCUCGGAGUCGCCUCCGACGACCGGGCCGCCACCACGGACGGCCCGGGCCGGUCGGUCCCCACCGCCAGAGCGGGACUCGGAAAACGCGGUGAGAAAAGUCGAGUCCGACGACCCGGAGCCACCCGUGCCCGCGGCCGAGCCGCCGCCGUCUCGCCCUCCACGGGCCUCCCCGCAAGGCCCGGGCCGGUCCCCGACCUCCGGAGCGGCGCGCGAGCAAGAAACCGGGUCGCAGUGGCACCGGCGUCUGCUGGUCGACCCGUCCGGGCGGCCCCGCACACCCGCCGGCCUCGAGGAGCGCGGCGACAGCCACCUCCCCACACUCUCCUGCACGUCCAAUCUCCGCCCGGCGGACGACGCGCCCGCGCCCCGGCACGACCGGGACCGAUGCCGCCACUGCCAACGGCCUCCCGGAACUCCGCCUCGGUCACCGCGGCCAAGUCACCUCCCUUGCCGAGGUCGCCGGAGCUCCGGAGGACAGAAACGAUAUAAAAGCGGCCGCCAGGUGGCACCGGACAACCGGCGCGAACGUCAGCGGGACGGAUCCGGGUCCCUGGCCGGCCGGGGCGCGCAGCCGGGCCGCCUGGCGGCCCGACCCCGUCCCGACCCACCCCGGGUCCCAUCUCCCGGCCCGGCGCGGCCAGGGGGCAUCCGCCUCGGGGCUCCCAGCCGGCACGGCGCGACCCCGGCCGCCGGAGAGGGACUCGGAAAACGUGUGUGUUUCGGGCGCUCGCCCGUGAGGGGACGGGGAACAUUCCCUCAGAGACGCCAGCAGGGGCGCCGGGACUGCCGGCACCGGCUGGCUUCCCGGGGUGGCCCCGAGCGCUUCCCGGGCGCUUCCCGGGCUCCCGGGAGGACUCAGGGAAACGCGGCGGGCGGGGCACCGCCAAAACGAAACCGGGCGAGUCGUCAGAGGACGACGACGACAGGGGAACGACGGAGCAACUGUCCGCAUCCCGUCACUUCCAACCCGCGACGGCUUCCCAAGGCAGGCAGGCAAAGCCCAGAGGCCGCCGGGGAAACGACGGCGACGCCUGACCGCACGGAGGUUGAAGAGACACGAACGUGUCUCCCUCCGCGCGGGCCGCGACACAGUCCCGAGACAGCGCGCGGGGCUGGGGAGCGUGGGUGCAAAUGCACCAGUGGCGACCAGAACAUCGAUGUCAGCGGUCCUUACCGUCGUGACAAGCGAGCAGACCCACAGAAAGUGGGCGCGGCCCCGCGCGCGACUCGGCCUCGGCGCGAGCCGCCCCGGCGGGGCGAGCCGGGGAGCGGUGAGCGGUCCGGGACCCGGGCGCGCGCGGCAGGCCGGCGAGGGGCCGGCCGGCCGGACGCACCGGGACGGGCCGCCAACGCGGGCGGGCGGGCGGCGAGCGACGGCGGCCCGGACGGACGCGCACCCACCGGACCACGGGGGGUGGGCGGGUGGACGGGUCCGACCGACCGCGCGUCACGGGACCGCGCCGCCCACGCCCCGGCCACCCCGUGGCCGCGCCACCGACGAGCGGCCGCCGGCGUCGGGGGGGAGGGCUCGGCGCGGGCGGAGGCGCCGUGUCUGCACUUAGGGGGACGGAGGGCCCGGGACGGGGCCCUGCGAGGGAACCCCCAGCCACGCUCCCCGGGGAGGCGACGCCCCGGGGGCGAUUGA